UUAACCGAUGAUUAAACACUGCAUAUUGUUUCUCGGGUUCAGUAUUAACUUCUACUGUAGUGUAGAGAGGUUGUGUAUCACAACACAUUUACAGAAAGUAUCAAAGGAAACAAGUACAUAAACGAUGAGUAACAAAACUGAAGCAAGAGACGAACUAUAUAUGGAAAAGGAACUCCUUUUGCCGUAUACACAUUUGAUGAAAAUUCGCAGUAAACAGCUGCGAAGAAAAAUUCCGAUGUCUUUUAAUCAUUGGUUUAAGUUGCCUGCUGAGAAGGCACUAUUUAUUGUGGACACUGUAGAUAUGCUACACAAUGGGACUUUGUUGGUCGACGAUAUUCAGGACAACACAUUAUUACGACGAAGUAUCCCAGCUGCUCAUCUUGUGUAUGGCAUUCCCUUGACCAUCAACGCUUCUCUUCAUGUGAUGACCCUGAUGCUUGACAAGCUAUUGACGUUGAAUCACCCGCGACUGACAAAGGUGUACUGUGAAGAUUUUCUAGAAAUCGUUCGUGGUCAAGGCAUUGAGGUAUAUUGGAGAGACAAUUUUCAAAUACCAACGGAGGAACAAUAUGAAAAUAUGAUUAAACAAAAAACCGGUCAUAUGUUUAGGCUAGCAGUACGUGUGAUGCAACUUUUCAGCGAUUUUAAACAUGAUCUUAGUGAACUUCCUUUGCUAGUGGGACUGUUUUUCCAGCUGAGAGAUGAUUAUUGUAAUCUACUAGAGGAAGAGGCAGUCGAGGAAUGGCCAGCUGAGAGUACUGAUAAUGGUAAAAAGGCGCCAUCUAUACCUAACCCAGAUAAUUUUUGCGAGGAUCUAACGGAGGGAAAGUUCACUCUGCCUAUAAUCCAUGCUGCUAGUACCGGCGACGGACAGGGUGUGCUCAAUAUUCUCCGCCAACGCACUCGCGAUGUUUCGCUAAAGAAGUUCUGCGUCUCCGAGUUAGAGAGGCUCGGCAGUCUGGAGUAUACGCGAGAGCGUCUGGAGCAAGUUGAAAAAUCACUUCGAGCUGAGAUAGCACGUCUGGGCGGGAACCCGAUGCUUACAUCUGCACUCGAUGACUUGUCUUGGAAGUGACGUUAUUGCCACAAGAUAAUACGGAAAUUAAUUGGGAAUUAUUACUUAACAGUAUUUAAUUAUGUACUUAAAUACUUAUAAAAAUUCAUAAAUAAAAGCUGGGUGUCGGAUUUUGCAA